AUGGACGCAGCCAGGAAACGGCACAGAAGCAGCGCAUCGGAAGCGGCAGCGAAAACCGAUGAAUAUGACUCGGCCGCGAUCCACGGACGUGAGCCGCGGCACCACCUGCACAGCAGCAAGAGCGCUAUCCAUUUUACAUCUGCCUCAGAGAAGACGUCUGAUGACGACAGCGACUACGCUGUCCUGGUGAAACGGAGCUCGGCGCUGUUGACAAAGCUUGGCCAGCGCAAUGUACUUGACAACUGUGCGACCCAAGAAGCCGGCAGCACACAAAAGGAGGCAACUCAACCGAUGACUCUUUCAUGUACGCUUGAUAAUUGCAAAUCAAACACGUACGGUGUUUCUUGUUCUGCCGGCUCUCUUGUUUUACCCUUUGCCACAGCCCAGCACUCACUGCCUACAGAACCGAUUCAUCACUCUACCAAGUCCACACAAACAGAGUCAUCGAACUCUCUAGAUGCCUGCAAGAAACUGCUAGCUACGGAGUUGAGUGAGCUCUACACACUGUUGCACAUCUUCCUCUGA